AUGACUACCAUGUGGUUGCUUAUAAGCACAUGUAGUGCAAUUAUUUGUGGUGUUUUAAGUCAAGAUAAUAAUAUUUAUUUACCUAAAGUUAAUAUUUCUCAAGGAACUGUUGUUGGCUCCGUAUCUACUGAUGACAGUUAUUUUGAAUUUUACGGUAUCCCAUACGCUGACUCGACGUCUGGUACCAAUAGAUUUAAGGCACCAUCAGCACCGCCAUUAUUCGAAGAUGAGUUCAUAGCUAAUCGUAAAGAUAUAAAAUGUAUCAAAGCUUCAGGCAUGGGUUAUGAAGGAACCGAAGAUUGUUUGACGAUAAACGUUUUUACUCCGACACUCAAUAAUUCUAGGCAAUUGCCAGUAAUGGUGUGGAUAAAAGGCAAGGAAUUUGAUAAUGCUAAUGAUGCAGAACUAUCAUUCAAAAGAUUCUUGGAAAAAGAUAUUAUAAUUGUAAAUAUAAACUACAGAGAGUCAAUUUUAGGAUUCUUAUGUCUGGGAACUGAAAGUGCUCCGGGAAACGCUGGUCUAAAAGACAUAAUAGCAGGAUUAAAAUGGAUUCAAAAUAAUAUUGCUGCAUUUGGUGGAAAUCCUGAUAAUGUUAGUUUAUUUGGACAUGGUAGCGGUGCUGCUGCAGUAGAUUUAAUUACACUUACCCCAUCAGCUGAAGGUCUUGUCCAUAAAGCAAUUUCACAAAGUGGAACAGCUAUGGCUCCUUGGGCUGUAACUCGUAAUAAUUUACGAUAUGCUAUCAAUGUUGCUGAAGCUCUUGGUCAUAAAAUAAAUGAUUUAGAUACAUUAUCUGAUGUGUUUGCACGAACUAGCGUGGCAGCAUUAAUGGCUGUCAUCAAUGAACUAGAUCUUACAGAUAAUUCACUAGCAUUCGCCCCAUGUAUCGAAAGAAGUAUAGAUAAUGUUGAACCUUUACUAUUAAUAUCACCUUAUCAAACAAUAAUGGAAGGUAAACAAUUACAAAUUCCUUUUAUGACUGGUUUUGUGGAUAUCGAAGGAACACUGAGAGCAGAAAAAGUUUUAAAAAAUGAUUGGUUAGAGAGAAUGAACACAUCUUUUAAAGAUUUCAUCCAACCAGAUUUAGAGUUCUUAUCCGAUGAACAAGAAUUAGAAAUAGCGCAGAAAAUUCAAGAUUUUUACUUCAGUAAUGAAUCAAUCGACGAUAAUCAUGUUAGUGAUUUCUUAACAUAUCAAGGUGAUACGAUGAUACUGAUUUCUGCUAUAAGAGAAGCUCGAUUGCGAACAGCUUCUUCAAACUCGUCAGUAUAUCUUUAUCAGUUUUCUUACAAGGGCGAUUUAAGUGAAGCGCUUAAUAGGCCAUUGCCAAUUGAUGCUGCCGGACAUGGAGAAGAACUAAUUUACCUAUUCAACAAAAAUAAUAAUAGUGAUAUUAACACUUACGAUCUAACUGUCAGUGAAAUUUUAAUAGAACGGUGGACUAACUUCGCUAAAUAUAGUAUCCCGACAAGUGAAAUAUCUCAAGUGACGUGGCAACCAUAUACGUUUACUAACAGCAAUUACUUACGUGUGCUUGAUGACAGAGAAAUAAAUGAAAAUGGAAAUUCUAAUUUCGAGUUGGAUUUAAUAAGUCCUCAUCCUAACACUUUAGCUUUUUGGGACGCUAUAUAUGCUCAACAUUUUAUUGAUGCGAAAAGUAGAUGGAUUCUUAAUGAUAGAGCUGAAGAAGAAGACAACACUGAGGGUGAAGGAGACGACGGCAAUGGUAACGGUGAAGAGGACAACGACACUGGCGGCGAAGAAGAUAAUGAUUUAGAUGGCGAAAAUAAUGAAGAAAAUAAACCUGAUGACAGUGCUCCUGACUCGGCAUCAACAGCUGUAGGGUACACGUUUGCGAUCAUAACGCUAUUUGCAUUAUUAGAUAAAUUUCACGCUAUGCAAAUACUGUCAUAA